CUAUUACAUACCUACGUACCUGAAGCAAGUUCCAAGUUCGAGUUUAUCGCAGUGAUUGAUAUUUUCAAUUUCUCGUUAUAGACACAUCUACACCUAAGAUAUCCCAACACUCCCUCUAAACAUCAUGGCAACCUCGCAGCAUCCAAACGAGCCCCCUCCCAGCUACGAAGCCGCCAUCUUCGACGCAGACCCUUCGCCUGGCAUUCGUCGCGUUUCUACGGACGGUCCCGCAGCGCGUACCGAGCGCAAUGGCAUUCCGCCCGACCGAAGGCGUUCUAUGGAGGACUUGAUGCGCGAGCUACCUCCUGGCUGGAUCCGAUCAUUUGACGAACAGACUCAGCAUCAAUUCUUUGUAGACACGCGAGCAAACCCUCCACGGAGUAUAUGGACGCACCCGUACGACGAUGAAGAGUACCUCAACACACUCAGUCCAGAAGAGCGCAAAAAGCACACUCGCAUGCACAAGACAAUGACAAUGGAGGAUCUUGCUGCUGAAGACUCAGAUACUGAAGACCACCUCCCACCACGACCGACAUCCAAGGGUAAAGGCGCUGCUGCGCCUGGUGCACCAACAGGCAUUCACAAGUUCUCCAGGAGACUCAAGGACAAGAUAACAGGCCAGACGCAUGAAGAGCGCGAAAAAGCACGUCAACGUCGCGCAGAGGAGGAACGUCAAGCAUAUCUUCAGCAUAUGCGCACACGACAAGCAAUCAUUCGCGCCAUGGAGACAGGGGAGCCGCAACUAAUAGGAAAAGACCGACAGGGCAGGGAUGUGUACAUUGAACCACCUCAUGGACGCUAUGCACCAAGUGGAGCAUACGGAUACAACCCAUAUGGCCCACGUCAGUACUACAAUCCCGGUAUGAGAUAUAUGCGUCCAGCUACACCCUACGGCAGGCCUUAUGGUUACGGCUACGGGGGCGGUGCUGGACUCCCUCUUGCGGCUGGACUUUUGGGUGGUACUUUGCUGGGCACUGCGUUGUUCUAGGCUUUGGCGAGAGACCUACACUACAGUUGAGGCGUGGGCGAGGACGCAUCAGUCGGCAGUUGAUUCGACAAAAGCAAAGCUGAUGAUGAAACCUUUUUUUCCUUUUAUCAAC